GUCCAAACCACUAUUCUUUAGGAGGAAAUGCACAAAUGAAGUCACUGACAGUUCAGCAUAGAGAGACCGCAGGAUUUUAUAAAUCAUGCGGCCAUAAAACAAUAAGACCAUUUUAGGACUUUGGCCGUGCCCCGAAACACAAAGGAAGGAGAGGAUUUGUCAAAAGGAACAGAGGGGAUUUUUCUUCUCACUCCGUGUCCUAAUAAGGGGCAUCUAAAGUUAGAAGACGAGGACUGAGAUCUUACAGUAACAAAAGUUUGACGUCAGCAUAAAAACUCUGCUGAUUAUACAACAUACAGUAUAACUUUAGUGAUUUUGUUUAAAAUGCAAGAAUUGUGGUAAAAGGUUUGAUUUAUUGUCAACGUUUUCUUAAAUAUACACAUAUACCUCCACUAAUUAUUGAGUAAAUGUCUCUUAGCAUUUUGCAGAUGUAACACCCACAUAUAAGCCAUCAGCUGAUUGGAUAUUAAGUCACAGUUCCUUUAAGUUUGUUCAUUUCCUGACAGAGUCAACCUUUAAGCUUAGCUUCCAAAGCACUUCAAAAACACCAAAUUGUACCAAGUUUGUCUUGUUUGUUUUUAAGUGCAAAUAUCUGAGAGUGAAUUUGAAACGAGACAAAACCAAGUUAUAAGUAACCUUUAAGCAAGAUACAGGAGCUUGUUUUAAGUCAAUAAUUUCUUAAUAUUAAUAAAAGAUAUACUAGUUCCAUUGGUAGAUUAUUCCACUUAUGAGAAAAAUGUAGUUAUAAGUGAAAUAAUCUAUUUGAACAAUUCCUUUUUGUAAUCACUAAUAAGUAAUUAAUUACUUGAAACAAACUCCGAUAUCUUUCUAAAAGUUGACCUGUAAAUUGGUUUUACUUCAAGCAUUCUAAGAUAUUUGGACUUGAAAAUAGACACACAAAACAAAAUACUUUGUAACAUUUUGCAGUUUAGCAGUGAUUAUUUCUUUAUUUUAGUCAGGCCCCGACGAGGCCAUUCAGGAAGAUUGGUGCAAGACUUUUAGAACUACUUUUGAUCUGUGUUUGGAAUCGGUGUCCUGUUUGAACAGCCAGAGGAUCCUCCUCUCAGAUGAAGGGGAAAUAUGUGUUCGGACUUUCAGGAACGACUCAGGAACCACUAAGGCCCAAGUCUGUUAUAAACAGGAAGCUGCUGGGACAUCCAUGUCAUCUCCUAUGGUGAACUUACCUUAACAUUAACACAAACUGAGAGGGAGCCAACCAAGGAAGUAGCAUUAACUCCAAAAAUGGACCAAAAAACCUGGACCGGGUGAAUGAUUUCUGUGGGAAAGCUUUCGGGUCAGAUGUGAGUAGGUCUGUCACCAUAACAAAUUGUGCUGGACGAUAAAUUGUCCCAGAAAUUUUGAGACCAUUUUCAAGUAAUAUAAUGGUAGUGGCAUAAUAAUGCAAGUAGGUGCAGUAUUCUCAAAUCAAUAAACUUUCAUCUAACACAGGAGCUGAAAGACAUUUUAAGUAUCAAAAAUGCAUUAAUAAAACAACAAAUGAACUGAAUUAUGAAGUCUUUGUAAACAAAAUUACCCUCCAAAAGAGCUGCCAGUUGAGACUCGUCAUCCAGUCUUUGGUAGAAAGAGAGAGAAACACAAUCAUGCAAAGGAAAAUGAUCAAGCUCGUUUUAUCACGCGAUUCAAUGAUUUAUGGCUUACUGCGACAGACGAGACCAAGGCUGAGCAGUUUGUCCAUGAUCCCAAGAAGAAUGUUCCAGAUAAGGCUUUCAAUCUCAAAAACACUUUUGUACACAAUUCAAUUUUCCAACAGAACAAUCAACACCCAAAUGCACCUCAAAACUGGUCCACUUUCUAGUGGGUCAAACGGGCCAACGUCAAGCUUCUGGGAAGGUCCUGGCCUCACCACUUUGGGAAAAAAAAAAAAAAAAAAAAGAAUCUGUGGAUUUCACUGAAGGGUUGAGCCAAUGCCAGGAAACCACCAGUUUGUUUUGUGCUGAUAAAAAAAACCCAUCAAAUAUCCAUGAGAAUCGUAUCAGGAGCUUGUCGAUCGCUUGGAUUAAGUGGUUUGACUUCCAACACAAAACAACACAAAACCUGACCAGAAGUGUUUUUGUCUAGUUUCUAGUGCAGAUGUCUUAGUUCACUAAAAACAAGACAAAACUGACUUAGAAGUAACUUCUCAGCCAAACAUACAAACUUGUUUUAAGUAAACAAUAUUGAUAUAAAGUACUAGUACCAUUAGCAGAUUUUUUUUUUCACUUAUGGGAAAAUCACAUUUUUACUUUUAACUUGAGUUGAGAUGCUAACUUUUAUGCAGUGUACAAUCUGCUAAGGGAUAUCUUAUCAUAAGAUUAAAAGCUAAUCGUAUAAUCAUGACUGAUUAAUAUAUUUGCACAUUUUAACCCUUUGUGAAGUAGACAAAACACAAUUUGUUCAAAGUUGCAGACUUUGUUUUUUCCCCCCUUAAAACUGGUGAAUGUUGUGUGGCAGAGAGAAAAGAACGGCUUAAACGCAUCAUUAAAAGCAAUAUGACCGUCAUGUCCCCAAUUAGUGGCUUUAAACUUCAAUAAAUAGUAUGAGUAAAAGCUCGCAACAUUACUUAAUCAAGCAAAAUUGAUCUUUAUUGCGUUGGUGCGAACACUUUGUCUUUGUUGAACUGCCUUUAAAAGUUUAAUUGCACAUUAAAUGAGGUCGGUGGAUGUUGAGAACAACAGCAGUUUAUUUGUUUUAUUUGUUGUUUUGUUCAAACUGAGCAUUCUUAUCUUAUCUUAGAGAUUUCUUCCUCAGAGUAUUUUCUCUUCUCCUCAGUGUGGGGAUGUACAGUUAAAUUGAUGCUUCUUCUUCUUCUAUGCAUUGUGUGAAUAUUUUCCUACAUUUGAAGCCCAGUAAGAUUGCUUUUAUAAGCUUCCACUUCAACUUGCCAGUUACUGUAUAUGUGUUGCAUGUUUUCCCAUGCGUGUGCCUCAAGUACAGAUCCCCAGACGUACACAGACGUCAGCGGUUAUGUUCCUUUAUUAAACGGACCGAUCUGGUCCACCUUUUACACGCUGCUGCUCCCGCUUUAGACGUGUUUAAUCUGGCACUCUUUGGGUCUCCACAAAUACACACAGCUGGGAUUAUUUUUACUCCCUUGCUCCUGCUUAAACCCCUUUCUCUCUCUCUCUCUGUUUUUGACCUCCAUGUGUUACUUUUAGCUCAGGAUUUGAAGGGGGCGUGAGGGGGAAGUGAUUUUUUUUUUAAAUUUUUGCUCUCUGGUGACAUCUGGUGGUCAGAAUCGCCAAUCUUCUCCCUCCGCUCCAGCUUUGAGGAUUUGAAGAAUGCAAGAAUCUCCCAGAAGGAAAAGUAUGGAGUGAAAAUAGUGUCAAAAAUAUUUGUGCGUGCGUAACAGGAUUUGUAAACCUUAAAAAUAAAAUACAUGUUGAAAAGGUACACACAAAUCACCUGGUACGCACACACAAAACUGCAGUUACGCACAAAUCCUGUUACGCACGCACAAAUCAUUUUACGCACACACAAAUCUUUUUGACACUAUUUUCACUCCACAGCAAAGAGAUCGCUUGUCUGUCAGUCAUGCAUUAGUCAUCUCGGGGAGCCACAGUUAUCUUGAUGACCAUCUCCGGAUUCAGUAGCCUUUCAUUCCUCUGACACUCACGCACACAAAAGUCAUCCUCAGGACUGAGUAAGUUGAUCUGUGUGCGCCACCGGUUCAAGAGCAAACUGGUAAUUGAACCUGGACUACUUAGGUACGUAAGAAUGCAUAACAAGGUGGGAAAUGGAUAUGGGCCGCUUCGAGUCGGGCGAUUUCGAUUUGCAAUCAAUCUGUGGCGUGCCAGUUAAAAGAAAAGCAGCCAUUUUGAAACACCACAGAGAUAAUUAAAUGAAUGUUACAUAAAGAAAAUAAAUGGAGCCAAAGUCAUUUGGAGCUCAUUCCCUCUAAAUGCCACCAAGAAGAUAUUUUGUGAACUCUGGCAAGAGAUAAGACGGUGAUUGUAUCAUUAACCACUACUGCUGAAUAAGAGAGAAAUAAAUCUAUACUGAUCCCUAAUGAAUGGAUUUCAAGCAGUGCUUAGGUUAUAAAUUGGCAGAUAUAAUGAGCAUUUUUAAAUAAAGUGCCAUACAAAGACUCAUACUCCUUAAAAUGUAAAAUAUUUUGUUAAAGCUACAAACAUUAAUAUUAAUUAGGUUAUCAACGUUAUGAGGCCGUUUCUUGGAGGAUAGCCCUGAAUGCAGCCCUAUUCCCAACAAACAGCAUCAGGUUCCAGUCGAAGUUCAGGUUUCUGACAGGAAAUGGACUUUUGGCGGGUAUUGUUUCCAAUUAAACGUCAUUUUGCCGUGCUCGUUUCCUCACAUCCAAACUUACAGAGUGCUGCCAUAAAAUAAACAGGUGCUACAAGAAAGCAUGAAGAGGGUGCAGACGUUUUCUGUUGUUUCAACUCGUCUUUCUUGUCUUAUGUCACAUUAAAGCUAGAAAAAUGGAUAAAACGUACAUUUUUGGUUUAACUUUUCAUACACAUUUGUGUAAAACCUCUAUACGUGAAAGUAAAAAGGGGAGGAAAAAUCGUUUAAUCGAAUUAAAUGCCUGUAAUUGUGCUCACUACUUUUUGAUAGCGCUUCACUGUCACGUGACUCGUCAAGCUUCCCCCCCGCUCUGUCCCUCGCGGAAUCUAUGCGGUGUCACGUUGCCAUGGAGAGCAUUUUUGUUUUCUUCCCCCCACAAAGCACAACCUUCCCCCUCGCACCAAGUGAAAGGUUGUGUUUUAAAGUUUGUAUAGAAGCGUUUUAUGAAUGAAGACUGGGAACCAGUGUGGCUUCCCGAUGAGCAGACGGAGGUUUUCUGAGGCGGGUUAACAGCAGAGACCAGCUAACCUGUCUGAUUACAGGCUCUCAGGGACGCCAGGAUGAGCUGCUCGGUGGCAAGGGGCCGUCUGCAGGUCCUCCAGAUCUACCGCCUGCUGCAGUGGAUCCACAAAGGAGAGAAGGAGGAGAUCGAGAAGAUGGUGAAGCUCGGGGUGAAGAACCUCAUCAACCUCACCGAGCCACAGGAAGGCCUGGGGGUGCUCCACCUGGCGGUUUCAGCCAACAAUAGCGACCUUGUUGAGUUUCUCCUCUCCCUCGGCGCCCAUCCCGACGUCCAAGACAAGAUGGGCCGCACGCCCGCCAUGCUAGCAGCGGAGCUGGGGAACCAGGAGAUUUUAUCGCUGCUGUUCCAGAAAGAGCCUGACAUGACCCUAGUGGACAUGCAGGGCAAAGGCGUGCUAUUCUACUGCAGCUACCCCACCAAGCGCCACGCCCACUGCCUAGAACUGGCGCUGCAGAACGGGGCCGAUCCCAACAACAUCUCCCGCAGCGGGGUUCACGUUCUUAGCAUGAUGUGUGAGAAAGCUAACGAGUGCACCCCCUUGUGUCUCACCCUGCUGGAUGCUGGUGCAGACCCCAAUGCGGCAAAUGAGACAACGGGCGUGACGGCGCUGAUGGAGGCUGCCAGGACGGGCUCCCUGCCGGUUGUUCGGCACAUCCUCAGGAACCGUGGAAACCCGAACACCCUGGACAAAAACGGUUUCAACGCAGUACACUACGCCGCCCUGAGCGGCUGUUUUGAGGUAAUCAUGGUGCUGUCAGGAUUUGCAGCAGAUAUGAGUGUGGUUAACACAGAAAGCUGUACGCCCUUACACUACGCCGCCGCCGCAGGCACUGCCCCGUCCUGCAAGUUCCUUGCUCAGAGAGGUUGUAACCCCAAAGUAAAGAACAAGGAAGGUUUGUUGGCACGUCAGAUUGCCAAAGAAUCAGGACUCAAGGCAGCGGUCAAGGAGCUGAAGAAAGCAGAGCGGGCAUUUGGGAAAAGCAAAAAAUCCACCGGUGGCAGCUACAUGUCAGAUCUCUGGGCCCUGACCCUUCACGAUUGGUCAAACGAGUACCAGGCUGAAUUAGUGGAAGCCUUUAGGGACCAAUUUGGCUUUGCUGACUUAGACACCUUCAAGUCCGUGUUAGAGAACCUGCGCGCUCCGGUUGAACCAGACAACCUCAACCUAGUCUUCUCAGCACACGACAAGAAGGGAGAGGGCCUGAUCAACGUGAAUGACUUCAUCAAAGGCACCAAGUACAUCAAGAAAGUCUUCCGUCUCUCUGUGUACACGACUCAGAAGAAAAAGAAAGAAAAGGGGCCUAAGAUGAAGAAGAAGAAGAAAGGCCCGUUUGUCCUCCCCAUACCCAUUUGCACCCUCGUGCCGGAGCUCAAGCCCCGACGGCCCGACGGCGGCCCGCCUCACUUCAUGAUUGAGAAGUACCACAACUUGACAGACGUUCGCCGCUUUGACAGUGAGCACCCGCCGCUUCAUCCCAUAGUCAACGACUCGUGGUGGUACAUAGAGAAGCCAAACAAAGUUUACAUCAACAUGAACUACUGUGUGAGGAAUGGAGAUUUGGAGUCUCUGAACCUCGCCUUCGACGACGGAGUACCUGUGGACACUCAGGAUGAAUUUUACAAGACCCCGCUGAUGGAGGCAUGCAUCAGCGGCAACUACGAGUUGGUCCAGUACCUUUUAGAAAAGGGGGCUGACGUGAGCAUCUGUGACCAGUUCUUCUGGACGGCCCUCCACCACGCGGCCAACAGGGGAUAUUUGGAAAUUGUGGAGCUUUUGGUGAAUGCCGGGGCCGACGUCAACGCAAAGGCCCUCAACGACGGCACGCCGCUCAUGAGAGCCAUCGAGAGCUCCAGCUUCUCCUGUGUGGAAUUCCUCAUCAAUGCCGGGGCCAAAGUCAAUUCAGAGACCAAGAAAGGAGUAACCUGCCUUGAUGUGGCCAGACACUUUGGAGAAACCGGUAUAGAGAGCCUGGUUCAGGAAAAGGUGAACGCUCUGCCAGACCCCAAGAAAUCAAAACCUAAACCUACUAAAAAGAAGGUGGCUGCUGCAGGGGGCGCUGUGCAGAGCAAGACGAUGACUGGGACAUCAGGGAGGACACCCACGCAGAUGGACUCCAAAAGCAUCAUCCUCCAUAACAGCAGGAUCACCGCAGGAAAAACUAACACAGUGGAUAUUAGCUUUGUGCCAAAAACCAUUUGGGGUGAACCGCCCACCACCAGCCAGCUGAUGUCAAACAUAGCGAGACAAAAGGGUCGCAUCACCUUGGAGGUGGACUUGGACGACUUGUUGAUCCCUUUCAGCCAGCGCUUCCAGAGACGGAUCCUGGAGCUAACCAAGCCAAAGACCAAACUGGAGGAAAGACAGAGACAGAGACAAGUGUCCUAAUUAUGUUACUCUGCUUAUGUUGUCAUCAUCGUUGCCUUUUUAUUAUUAUUUUUAUUUUUGACAGCUAAUAUGAAAAACGACAUUCAGCAUAUGUCCAUCCCUGGGGCAGUGGGAUUUUUACCAACAACUGAAUUAAAUAUAGAGCCAUGCAGAUAAUGAGAAUGUGAGUAAU